AUGACCGAGUGCUUACCCUGCACCCGCCACUAUGCGAAGGUCUUUACUUUGGCAGCCUUGGAGCUCAGGUCCGUCGACCUGCAGAACGCCAGGAACAACCAGGAGCCUCACACGCAGGAGGUGGGCCUGCAGUGGCUCAUCAUGCGCCACGGUGAGUCCUUCACAAUCCAGCUGCAUUUCAACCGACGCUUCCACUCUGGGACCGACUACAUCAUCUUUGUGGCUGAGACAGAGGAUGACGUCUACCUGCCAAGUGAAAUACUGCUGCAGGAGUAUAUCAUGAUGGACUAUGGCUUUGUUUACAAUGGUCAUGAAAGAGUCAUCACCCCCUGGCCCUGGAACUAUGGGCAGUUUGAAGAGGACAUGAUAGAUAUCUGCUUUCAGAUUCUGAACAAGAGCCUGUACUUCUUAGAGAACCCAACCAAAGACUACUCCCAGUGGAACAAUGUGGUGUAUGUCUGCAGGGUGGUGAGCGCCAUGAUCAACAGCAAUGAUGACAGCCGUGUGCUGCAGGGGAGCUGGAGAGAGGACUACUCCCAGGGGGUCAGCCCACUGGAGCGGACGGGCAGCGUGGCCAUCCUGUGACAGUGGGCAGCCAGGGGUGGGCAGCCUGUGAGGUAUGGGCAGUGCUGGGUAUUUGCAGCUGUUAUGGGUACCAUGAUGAGGUGCCUGCGGAUCCCCACCCAAGUAAUCACCAACUUUGACUCUGGCCACGACACAGACGGAAACCUGAUCGUAGAUGAGUAUUAUGACAACACAGGCAGGACUUUGGAGAGUAAGAAGAAGGACAGUGUCUGGAAUUUCCACGUCUAGAAUGAGUGCUGGAUGGCCCGGAAUGACCUCCCUCCCGGAUACGGAGGCUGGCAGGUGCUGGACGCCACACCUCAGGAGAUGAGCAACAGCCUCUACUGCUACGGCCCUGCCUCCAUCAGAGCCAUCAAAGAAGGAGAGGUGGAUCUGAAAUAGGACACAGCCUUCGCCUUCUCCAUGGUAAAUGCUGACUGCAUGGCCUGGCUGGUCUUUGGAGGGAAGGAGCAGAAACUUCACCUGGACACCAAUUCUGUUGGCAAUUUUAUCAGCACCAAGAGGAUCCAGAGUGAUGAGCGGGAUGACGUCACGGAAAACUGCAAGUACGGAGAAGGUUCCCUCCAGGAGAAGCAGGUGAUUCUGAAGGCUCUUCAGAAGCUGAAGCCUGGAAGGUCCCAAGGCUCCCUCCAACAAACUUCCAGGUCCAUGCUGCCAAGGGACAGUCCUAGGAGCCUUGCUACGCCUUCCCUUCGGCCCAGUGAUGUUGUCCAGGUCUCCCUGAAAUUCCAGCUGCUCGACCCACCCGACAUGGGCCGGGACAUAAGGUUUGUCCUGCUGGCCCUCAACACGGUGCCCCAGUUCAAGGACCUCAAAGUGAACCUGAGUGCCCAGUCUCUGCUGCAUGAUGGCAGCCCCCUGCCCCCAUUCUGGCAGGACACAGCCUUCAUCACACUCUCUCCUGAAGAAGCAAAGACCUAUCCCUGCAAAAUCCCCUAUUCCCAGUAUGGCCAGUACCUGUCCACAGACAAGCUGAUCCGCAUCAGUGCCCUGGGUGAAGAGAAGAGCAGUCCCGAGAAGACCGUGGUGAACAAGAUCAUCACCUUAGCCUGUCCCGGCAUCAUGAUUAAUGCUUUAGGAGCAGCCAUUGUGAACCGGCCACUCUUCAUACAGGUGAUAUUUUCAAACCCUCUCUCGGAGCAGGUUGAAGAUUGUGUACUGACUGUGGAAGGAAGUGGUCUCUUUAGGAGACGGCAGAGAGUGCUCAUUGGAGUCCUCAAACCCCAUCACAGAGCCAGCCUCACUCUGGAGACUGUCCCCUUCAAGAGUGGCCGAAGGCAGAUCCAAGUAAAUCUGAGCAGCAACAAGUUUAAAGACAUCAAGGGUUACAGGAACGUCUAUGUAGACUUUGGGUUAUAA